UGUACGCCGGAGAAAAAAAAGUUUGGAUGAGUCUGCUGAAGAGGAGACAGACUGGAGCAUUAGUGUCUGAGAUCUGUGCGAUGGGAACCGGUGACAGAAGACCUGCUGUUGGUUAUUUCACCUGUUUCUGAUCAGACUCGUGUUUUUAAUGCGGCUCAGACAGGAUGAAAGGCUUUUCACUUCGCUGUCUUGUUCUCAUCUGGGCGAUGUUGCAGCGGAGCGACAUGCAAGUUGCUGUACCUGCCACAGUGCUGAACUGCUGUGAAGGAGAUAUACUCAUCCUGCUGGACUCUUCAGGAAGUGUGUCAAACUACGAGUUCUCACGCAUGUUAUUCUUCGCCGCCGACAUACUUCGCCCCUUCUCAUUAGGCCGUGGGCACGUAAGAGUCGGGCUGCUGCAGGUGGGUACAAAGCCUAACCUGGAGUUUGGCCUGGAUGUCCACAGCAAUCAGCAAAGCCUGCAGAAAUCUAUGCGGAGUGUCAGCCAGCUGAAGGGAGACACCAACACAGAGGCGGCGCUCAGGGUGGCCUGGCGUGUUCUGACAGAGACAGAGGCAAACGUGCCAAGGGUACUGCUAUGGCUGACUGAUGGUGUGCAGCCUGGAGACGUGGACCAGCUAAUGUCUGAGCUGAAAAGGCAGGGAAUUUCUGUGUUAGCUGUGUCUACGGUGCAUGGCAACUAUCAGGUGUUAAAGCGUGCUGUGACGCCACCUCUGGAAUCUCACCUGUACAAUGUGGACAUCGAUAACAUUGAUAUCAUCACAGAGGACCUGAGGGAGGCCAUUAUCAAAAUCAUCGGUGCAGAACGUCUGCACGUUGUCCACUUGACUUCCCACAGUGCUGUGCUGCAGUGGCGUCCUGUUCUGAGGCCAGGCAGUGGUUACUAUAUACUCACGUAUAACUCUGUGAGGAAAAUGGACCCUGAGGCCAGACACAGUCUCCCAGGGGGAUCCAGCAGGAUAGAGCUGACCAACCUGCACCCUGAUACCACCUACACGGCUUCCCUCCGUCCAGAGUUCAACCAGAGGCUGUUUAAAACACUCUCUGUUAACUUCACCACACUUCCCGAUGUAUUAAGCCCGACAGUGGUCUCCGUGUCAGACUCUAGCCCUCAUCAGAUCCGUGUGAGCUGGGGUCCCCUGCAGCCAAAUCGAGUCCAGAGAUAUGUAGUGGAGUACGGAGCUAUUCCAAGUGGACGCGUCCAGACUAUGACCUUACAACGCCAGCAGAACUCCACUUUACUGACUGGCCUGGAGCCGGGCACUCAGUACCUGGUCACAGUCAGUGCUGUGCAUGCGGAUGGAAAAGAAAGAGCCAUGUCGGUGAGGGCAUGCACUCAAGAGGCAGCUUUGCCUGCCCUGGCAGACCUUCAGCUGACCCAGGUGCAGCAUCAGGAGGUGCAGGUAGCGUGGCAUGGCCACCAGGAAGGCUUGAUGGGCUACUGGCUGAGCUGGGAAAGACAAAACUCAUACACCUCCUCCGUCUACCUGCAUCCAAACUCUCAUUCAACGCGGCUCACACAUUUCACACCAGGCAGUCGAGUGUGUGUCUCUCCCGUCUACAGCUCUGGCCGAGGAGACGGGAUAUGCUGCACUGCAGAGAGGAACACGGGUUGGCUGAACUGAGUAUUAUUAUCUGCUUCUUUUUUUUUUCUCUCUCAAUUGCUGCAAUUAUGUUCAUAUGUAGCCGGAUCGGUUCAUUAGCGGAAGUGUAAUUUCCUGAGUCUGCAGCAAUCAGGCAGCCAGAGCAAAACCAAACAAGAAGGGUGAAAUCGAGCAUUUUAGGUGAGGUUGCACAAGAUACAUUAUGCCGGAGUGAAUAUAUUUUCUUAUAUUAAACUUUUUAAAUGACACAAAUUUUUUAUCCCAUAACUCCAGCCAUCAUAAUCAUCGAUUUUUUUCUCCUGGUGUCCUGAAGGCCGUCAGCCACAGCGUUGCACAUUUGUUCAAAUAUAUCAGAGUAUGCAAAAAGGCAAUAUUCACAAUUUAUGAAUGAAGAUAAUAAUUUAUUAUUAUGAUUCACAGUCUGUAAUGUCAGCCUGCUUGGAAAUUGUGCUGUUACAUAAGGGGUAUUUACUUGAAAUUCUAUGCAAACAUUGCCCGGCUUGCAAUUAGUCUGAUAUCAGUGCAAAUUAAAAUGUUCUCUUCUGCUUGCAAGUAUAUGUAAAGUUCUUGAUAUGUAGCAAAUGUAAUUCUGUCUGUCCAUCCUAAUCAGAUCAAAAUCACCUGUCAAUAGAUUACCUGUGAAUUAUAUAUGAGUUUUGGUUAUGACACCUAAAAUAAGAUAAUAUAAGCUUGAGAAAAUAAUAUUUUCAGUCCUUGAGGCACCAUAAACAAAAACAAAAGCUCAAACUUUGCAAGUAGAAAUAUAGGGCCCCUGAUAAACUUUGACCAGAGAAGCUGAAGUACAGUAGCCUGAUAAUCAGACUGAAAUUAAAUUGUUUAAAAGGAAAUAAUGUGAUGUGAGCAUCAAUUCAGAUAUUUGAAACGACCACAUUUUAAUCUAAAGCUGAAGAAGUGUUGAAUGCCAAGAUAAAGGUGAGCUAAGGUAAAGGUUUUUCUCAGGUUUUUCUCUCAUUAGUAGCGGUCUCAAUGCAAAAUGCAUUUUAGCUUCGGUAGGCAACAAAUCAUCGUGAAAAACAUUGCUGCAUCAUGGUACUGCAUCAUUUUUAUAAGCUAUAAUGACCAAAGUUCUGCUUGUUAUGUGCAAUUUGUGUCCAUUCUGGAUUAUUCAUUAUAUGUAAGAUAAGUUUCAAAUGUUUUGGAUCAUGAAUAAGUCAGGAAAAUACUUUUUUUCCCCCUGAACGGACAAUUUUCAUCCAUUUUUCUCUUGGUUUCACUGACUGAUGGACAUUUAGCCCCACUGGCAGCACACAGUAAAAUUGGUGUCAGUGAUAAAACACAGAAUGGAUCAUUGUUGUAUUUUAUGUUUUUGGCUUCAGAUCAGAAUAAAUUGCACACUGGAUCAGCUUCA